AUGCCGCUGUACAAGCCACCCAAUCCCGGUGCACCUGUCCUUUCGCAGUUCUCGCUGAAAGGCAAGGUCGCAGCCGUUACGGGAGGCGCCAGAGGCAUUGGCCUCGAGAUCGUUCGGGGCCUCGCCGAAGCCGGGGCAGAUGUAGCUCUCAUCCACGCGACCAGCAAAGAUGCCGUUGAGAUCGCCAGCCAAAUUGCCAAGGACACAGGUGUGAACAUUCGCGCUUACCAGAGCGACGUUCGGUCUCGAGCCUCAAUUGCCGCCACGGUGGAUGAGAUUGUUCAAGACUUUGGGCACCUUGAUGUCAUGAUUGCAAACUCUGGCGUCUGCGCUGAUAUUCCCAGCCUUGAGUACACUGAGGAGACAUGGAAAGACAACAAUAGUGUCAACCUUGAUGGUGUCAUGUGGACGGCGCAGGCUGCCGGGAAGGUCUUCAAGCAAUAG